AUGAUCCGAUGUGCAAAGAAAAAUAUUCCCCGAGGAAAGACUAAACACUAUCGAGUGUUUUGGUCUGAACACCUUAAAGAACUGAAAAGAAAGCGGGACACCCUUGAACACCUUAAAGAACUGAAAAGAAAGCGGGACACCCUUCGCAACACUGCUGAUCAGACUGGAAGAACGGAAGAUGUACAGGCCUGGAGAUGGCAAGACGCCCUUCGCAAAACUGCUGAUCAGACUGGAAGAACGGCCUGGAGAUGGCAAGCCAUCUUACAAGCAAAACGGACUUCCUUUAACGAAUUCGUCUCAACUACCAACUAUCAAAGUGAUAGCCAACGCACUUUCAAAUUCCUGGGUUACCUCCAAAACAACAGGGAGAGACCCAAGAAAGAACCAAUACGCUUUAACAACAAACUACUUAACACCGACUCCGAAAUUGCUAACUGCUUUGCGAGUUUCUAUUCCCACAGGCAGAAGAAAAACACUUUUGUCAUAAAAUCAUCAAUAGGUAUAAAAAUACAAGUUUGGUGA